AUGGCGUGCGUCGGAAGGUCCCAGACGGUGGAGAGUUAUUUGCGCAGGUUUCGAGGCGACGAGACCGCGCACUCGGAGAUCCUCGAGAUCACUCUCUGCUACGGCAUCCAAUGCCUGUCGAGGGCGUUUCCGUUCCAUGGCGGCGGCCUCACAUGCAGCGACUUACGCUCCAUCACAGGGUUCGAAGCAGCGAAGAAACAAGGCUUUUGCGUGCGCAAGGGGUCACGCUAUGGUGAUAAAAACAAGGUGAAUAAACAGCAAUGUAUGCCGGAAAAAGUGCGGAUCAAGCCUUCACAUGCGUGGAGAGAUGGAGAAGUGGAGAUGCCGGACUUUUCGGAACCUUCAGCAAUGGUGACGGAGGCUGCUGCAGAUUUAGGAGUAGCAUUGAGAGCUCCGUGCGCCGUUCCGCUGCCAUUUGACGAGAUUGACUACUUUACGAAGCUGUUGGGGGAAUCGCUGGUGGAUUCGGCAUAUCAGACGUUUGCGGGGAGAAAGAGGUUGUCGAUUACUACGAAGCAAGAGCUGGAUGAACUCUUGUUUCGAGUUGAUCAGAGGAAGACGGCAGCGUUGGUUCCGGCGUUAAAGCUACCGCUGGUAUCGUUUGCUGGGUUUAUAGCUGCAUAUGUGAUGGAGUGCGUGCGUCAAACGCAGAGAACGAGGACUGUGGAUAAAGUGCAUCAUCAAAGUGGUGAUUUUUUCCUUCAUGGUGGUGAGCGAGCGAGACAUACAUACGCUCGACAAGAAACAGCUCUGGACUCGUGUAGUUUUCCAAUCGCGGACGACUUGAGACAGAGUGCCAGUGCUUCGUGUGCUGCGAUCGGCACCACAUGCUCGGUCGAGUCAGCAACUGUUGGUACAAGGUGGAAACCAUCCCUUCGACAGUCACAGAUUCAUUCGAAGCAGACUCAGCGAGCUCCUGUGUCUCUCCAGGAUCAACAGUCGUCGAUCCAGUCCGAGCUGCACACCCAGAGGCAAAAGCCGUUGCGAGUGGAAAAGGCACGGACGCAGGAAUUGGCUGAUUUCGGAUGGACAGCUGAGGAUAAGGCGCAGAGUAAGCCGCAGGACGCGCGGGAUCGACAUCUUACUGCUAGCAAAUGGUCUUCUAAUGGAAUUUCGACGGGUGCCGCCGCGUUGGAGAUCGUGGACGACUUCAUAAGGAGCCCUUUGAUGGACAAGUUUGGUCGAGGAAAGGUUUCUGUAUCAGCGAGCAACACCGCUCAACACCGCUCAGUACACAAGAAUCCACUGAAGGAAUACCCCGUACUGCACUAUGACAGUAGACGAUUUCUUUCUACAAUGCAGGCAUGA